AUUUUGGCGUAGCUCGCAACAAAUCGCAAACCCAAUCACACGCCCUACAAUGUCAUCAAAACCUGCAAGUCCUUUACGGCAGGCCUGGUAUAGGUGGAAGUCUCUCAAGUUACCGUGGCGGAAACGAUUCCUAGUUGGAUUGGACCUGCAAGGAAACACGUUCUGGGAAUUUCGUGAUACGCUUUCAUCUCACCAGCAUCGCAUGCGACGCAUAGUGCAGUAUCCAUCAACAACGCAGUACUCUGAGAUUAGGAUCUCUCCGCAAUGGCACCAAUGGCUACGACAUACACGAAAAGACCCCCCUUCCCUCACCGAACAAUCACAAGACCUUGUGCGGCAGAGGAAUUUGAAAGUUUUGGCUGCAGAAGCAGAUGCUAGAUGGGCCGCGAAACCCAGCUUUCUGGACACACCAGAGAGAAGUCAACCACUGCCAACCUUGGAGUUGAAAGAUCAAGGCGGCUAUACCCAAUCUGCAGAAUCGGAAGACGAGAAAGAUGUAAGGAGUGCUAUAAGCGGCGGACUCGAGGACAUACCGCAGACACCCACCGAGACCUUGAAGCCCGCAGAAGUGGAGAGCGAGGUGAAGAGCAAAAUUCGAGAGAACACAACACAAGAUACAAGUAGACGGCAUGAAACGUCGAAACCUGUGACUGAGCCAGCAGACGAUCCAUGGAAACAGGCUCGUGGUGGUCCAAGUGAAGGCUGGCAACCAAAGGCCUGGGAUGGAAACCUUGCAGCAACGAGAAGAUGAUGAAGACUCUAUGUCUUAUCUACACCGGGCCAACAAGUCACUUGUUGUGUAACCUGAAUUACAUCUUUGAUAGGAUAAGUGCGUGAAUGUACAACAGCAUAUGCAUCUGUUAAGACGUCCCGCAUUGACUUUGAAGGCUGGUUAGCUAUUAGCUAUUCUCCACGUUAGACAGCAAGCUAGAAAAGCUACUAUACAUUUCGUCCCCUCUAAGCGGAAAGCUUGGGUUCCGGCCGAUAAUUAGUACAUAAUCGAUAUACUACAGAUCUUCACUAUAUCUGAGAAGGUAUAUCAGUCAGAGUGGGAAGUUGAGAGGAUCAAUCUACUCCCUUUCUAGAUAGCUCAGCAAUCAAAAUUGAACCUCCUGAUGGACGGAUUAGAAGCAAAUCAUAUGGCUUCGGACGAUGGCGUGGACCUGGUAGCGAAAUCGAGCUACUGUAUUUUCAUAUAAUUUCUAUCUCUGGG